AUGAAGACUACUAAGAGCCGAGGUGUCGGGCUCCCGUUUCCGGUCCAUGUGUUCCUGACUGGUUUCGUGGGGCCCUCUUGUGACUCCCCGUCGCUUUCCUGUGGCGUCCCCGAACGGGGUAGGGGACCGGUGGGUAUUGCUGACAAAUCCUUCCGUGACAGCACAACCGUUGCCGAUGGCGGCCUGCUGAGAAUUCAAGAAGUUGUUGAUGACAUUGUACGAGAUUAUUUCGACCAACGGAUUGAAGCGCAGGAAAAGACUCCGAGCAGUGUAGACGCCCUUCAAAGCGCGAAGAUUAUAGGUCGCCUUGAAGGGCGCAUUCUGCGUCCAGCGAGACUUGCAUCGAGAAUGGCCUUCGGUGAAUCUGAAACGCGUCGGUGCACGGCGUGGCGCUGGGCCUCAGCGGCUGGAGAGCUGUGCGACCGACUGGACCGCAGAAUAAUGCAGGGACUGCUCAAGAAGUGCACACGCUUUGUGAGUCGGCCCACAGGAAUGACCGACCAGUGGUAUUUGGCGAAGAUCCUCCAAAGAGGUGUGCGUCCGGACAGUAUCGAGACCUUGAUGAAGCGUGUCGGAGUUAAACUCGACCAAAGUUAUAAGUGUGGCCUGCUCCUUCACGAUAUGGUGAUGCAACGCCACUUCGUUAGGUUCCCGACAACGACUGAAGCAGACCGUAAGGUCAUAUUUUCUGUUUCCCGAAUUGCUCACUGGUUAUUAAAGACGAAGAAUAAGGAAGGGCGGUUUUAUGGCAUUAUAGGAACGUCACAAGAGGGCAAGAAGCAGUGGCUACGCACCGACAAUACCUCUAUUAAGAUGGCACAAUAUCUUCGCCACAUGUGGGGUUUGAAGCGAUUUCUGAAAAUGGCCGAACUUGUUAAGGAGCUGCUUCCAGUUGAGGGUGCUACUUCCCUGACAAACACGUGCUUCUUCGAGCGCUUUCUCGGAGCCGUCGCCAGGAGUUGUGCUGCCGAGUUCAGAGCGUUAUGUUCGUUGAUAGGAUUUGCAACGGUAGAUGGGAGGACUCUGGCAGAUCAAGGUCUAGCCGGGCCCGAAAUGCAUACCACGAAUCCCUUGUCCACGAAUCCCUUGGGGGUGUCCGCAGUUAAAGAGCGCCGUGCCCGACACGUGGCAGAUACCCAUCAGAUGUGCCGACCUGAGGUAGCUGCUAAUCCGAUAGGUGGAGCACAGCCGUGUUCGAAGACGCAGCGACAUUCGAAGACGCUUCUGGUGGCGCCUGCGAGGCUCAGCCAUUCCGUCUUAGCACUAGGGGGGUUAACUACAGUCUCUCUGGACCAGCAGGCGGGACCGUCGUUCCGUGGCGUCAGCAACAGGACGGUUAGUAACGUUCCGUCGGUUAGUGACAUUCCAUCAGGGGCUACAGUUGGAGAGCCUGUGGAUGCCCGUGUGGAAGAAGUUCAAAAUUUUAUUGCUGACUUGAUACAAGGGUUCAGAAACAAAGUCGGUGAGUCGUCACUAGGAAAGAAGACCGAAGGUUAUACAAGAGCACUUGAGAGUCUUUUGCGCAUCCUUGAACGGACAGCUUCCAAGGGGAAGAUGCUUGCCACGCGUUUGAGUUCCAAAACUGGAUGGCGGAGAGCUAAACUUGCGGGAGACCUAUAUGAACAGGUAGAUCACAAAAGACUAAUGGCGCUCUUUGAAAUGUGCACGACCAUAGUGCCUCGACCCGCUGGAAUGAGCGAACAAUGGUAUCUCUCUAAGAUCAUUCAGAAAUUAAUGCCAGGUGCGAGUGUGGGUUCCUUUUGUGAAAAGUAUGGAAUUGACCAUCAUGUCCAUCCUAAAUUUUCAAAAUUCAUGUUCAACUUGGAUGGCAUCGUGAUGGAACGUCACUUCUGUGGACUGCCGGAAACGAACGGAAAUAGCAAGCUGAUAAUUUGGUCGGUUUGUCAGGUUAUGUCUUGGCUACUUAAGACAAGACUGCGCGAACCCUAUUUUAAGCUCAUCGCGGAGAAAGACUACUGGAACGGUGGUAUCAGCACUGAAACUAUUGAACUGACUGCAUUUCUAUUCAGGCUCUGGGGUCCCGAACGCUUUAGGAAUGUAGCUAAAUUUGCUAGGACACUGCUUCCCGUAACUGCCAAGGAAAUCUCAGAUGCAUGUUUCUUGGGCUGCUUCUUACGUGGUGUUUUGGGCUCGUGUCCAAAGCACUAUCGCGUGCUCUGUAGCACGGCUGGCUUUUCCUUCACCGAAAAAAGGACACAGAAGCGAUUCGAAGAGGAAGGCCCCGAGUUCUUCGGACACCUGCCACCCAAUUGGGAAACCAUUACGACCAAGGACCUCAAGGCUCUGGAUAUGGAGUCACAUCCCGAUGUGCUCUCGCAGCACGUAACCGAUUUCGAAACAGCUUCAUACGCCCCUCAUCUCGAUUACCGCGUCGAGCUACCUCCGGUAGCUGCCGAUCUGGCAACUGUCGGUCCCGUAGUGUGCACGCCAGCAGCUCCGGUGACACCUUUUGUGGCACUUCCGGGGACGCGCGCGAUGGUCGGUCAUUCCAUUGUAACAUUGUCAGAAAUUUCGCACGAAGCAGCGUCUCGCUCAGCCAUGCAUUAUGCAGCGGCCCUUCGCGAGUGGGGCUCACAAGAGGUGGAGAAGGCGCUCUGUGCCUCAUACGCCGAUCUGGGUCUGCGGAAACGACACGGCGUCGAGGACACUGAGUGUCCUGAAGAGAAGAGGGGCAAAUCUUCGUAA